GAGCAAACAGAGCCAACACUGUUUCACAAUAAUCCAUAGCCGACUCAACAAUUCCGAAAAAGACAAACUUUUAAAGACGAGAGAGAGAGAGAAAGAACCAGCAGGAGAGGUAGAGAGUACAGAGAAAGCGUGGCCUCUAAUCAAACCCAACAACCUCUGUCAAAAAAAGUCUGACUUUCUUCUCCAUUACCAUCUCUAUCUGCCCAAUGUUUCCUCCAUAAAAACAAAAACAAAACUCACUCCCUCGUAUCUAAAGUUCCAACCUUUUAACCCAAACACCAACCAUAUCAACAAAAGCUCCAAUCUUUCUUCUUUUCCCGCGUCUUCUCCUUCUCGAUGACGACUUCCGACUCCGGCGAAUCACGACGUACAGCGAUGACGAGACUUCACGGCGGACUAACAGGGCUUCCACCGGCCACAGUUCAGCAAGACCAGCUCCCGUGUCCACGCUGCGAGUCAACCAACACCAAGUUCUGUUACUACAACAACUACAACUUCUCCCAGCCUCGCCACUUCUGCAAGUCCUGCCGCCGUUACUGGACUCACGGCGGUACUCUCCGCGACAUUCCCGUCGGCGGCGGUACUCGCAAAGCCGCCAAACGCUCCCGCACUUGCUCCUCCUCCUCCUCCGCCGGAGCCCUCGACGUCCCGCUGCAAGCGACGCCUGUUCUCUUCCCUCAGACGUCGCUCUCCAACGGCGUUGGCCACGCCGUCACCGUGACCGCGCCGCUCGAGAACGGCGGAAAGGGGAGCUCUUUGUCUCUCUGCGGCAGUUUCACGUCUCUGCUGAGCCAAAACGCCAACGCAGCGGCGGCGGCGGCGACGACGCAUGGACCCGGCGGGUUUGGAAGCGGGCUCGGGUCGGGUUUCGAUGACGUCAGCUUUGGGCUCGGAAGAGCGGCUUGGCCGUUUUCGACUGUGAUGGGUGAGGCUUCCGCCGCGACGAAUGUAGCGAGUAACGGUGGUCAUCACGCGGUUCAGAUGCCAGCCACGUGGCAGUUCGAGGGUUUAGAGAGCGGCAACGCCGGUGGGUUCGUUCCCGGUGAGUACUUCGCGUGGCCGGACCUCUCCAUCACAACACCAGUGAGCUCACUCAAGUGAAAGCAAAGCUUCUGUCUUCACCAGAGGGUUUCUAUUUCAUUGGCUUUGUCUGAUCUCUUAGUCUUAGUGUGUGUGUCUGGUCGUUUUAGAACUUUGUGUAAUGAAACUAGCAAACAUAGGAAGUUUGUGUCUUUUGGACUCUAAGAUCUCUCCACCUUGUUACUUUGGACUCUGUUAUUACAGUUCUCGAACAAGUGAUUUUAUAAUUGCAACGAUGAUAC